AUGAAUACGCCUAAGGCAGAUGUAAACCGAGACCAAGUAGAUGUGAUGAUAAUAAACAAACCAGUGAGAGUUAUUCACUGCUGUGAUGGCGUUGAAGAGGAAAUCGAGGAAACAAAGUUAGAUGAAAUUAAUAUCUUUCCAAAUGAAGUAGAAAAUAUUGAGCCUCAAACUCUCUCUUGGGGUCCUUGGAUCUCUUACUACACAUGGAAAUCUGGUACCAAAUUAUUAAAUGUAGUUGACUAUGCUGGAGAAACAUUGGCUGAUUUCUUUGGUAUCACAACUCCAAAGUAUCAAAUUGAGAUAAAUGAAUAUGAGCGCAUUCAAGAGGAAAAUAAGAGAUUAGAAGAGGAGUCUGCUGGUUGGGUCCCAAGAAAUAUUGGUGGUGACAUACCACUGGUUUUGAAUGAACCUGUAAGGGAUAAACAUACAGUUUGA